ACAGUGGCUGCACCAACUUGGAGCCGUUGUCCUGCCAGCAUUCCGUUGUCUCCACAUCCUUGCCGACACCUGUUAUUUUUUUUUUGUCUCUUGGAUUUUGGACAUUCUGACUGAUGAGACGUGACAUCUCAUUGGGUUUAGUCUUGCAUUUCCCUGAUGAUGAGUGAUAUUGAGCAUCUGUUGGCCAUCUGUAUGCCUCCUUGGAAAAAAUGUCUUUGAAGUAGAACAGCAACCAGCCGAGAAAACUGGAACAAAGAGGAGAAGCUGUGAUGCAGGAACAUCUAGCGGAAAGCUGAGAGGUGAGAUGGUGUGGAGACUGGUAGGUUGUAUCUUUCCAUGUGCUGCUUUCAAGGGUCAUAGGGAAAAAAGGUUGCCAAGGAGAUAAAGCCCGGGGUGUUGAUGUCACCUGGUAUCGGUGGAGCCACGUAGCCACUGGCCAUUGAUGGGAAGGCUAGCAUGCGGCACUGUUGUCUUUCCUGCAGAGUUAGAUGUGCGGCGUCCCCUGUUUGCAGUUCAGUCAGAGGCCGUGUGGGACUGUUCUGGCACUGGCCGGGGUGGACCCGAGAGCUGUGCCGUUCCUGCUGGGCUGUCGCAGCAUCCCUCUCAGAACAGGGCCUCAGCAGCGCUCCCGGAAAAGAGAGAGAGAGAGAGAGAGAGAAGCGACAGGGGCAGGUUUUUCUGUAGGUCCAUGAGCAUGUUCCUGAUGUUUAUUUUGAGAUCUCUUUCAGGAAGACUGAUUUGAGUCCUGUUACCAGGUUCCUUUGACAGUUCAUAUUUGUAGGUAGCGCCCUCUAGCUCCCAGAAGCUUUACUCUCUGGAGCUGCUUAGCCCUUGUGGGGGAUGGCAGGGGUCACAGGGGAGCCUCGCUGGUGCCCUCCCCUGCUGGGAGGAAAGAGGUCUUUCCUGCUUCCCAGCUGCAGUGCCUGUCUCCACUGCCAGGGCCAGUUUGUGGAGCACGCAGGGAGAAGCUGCCGUAGGUGGGGCCGUCCUCUCACUGGCCUGGCAUGAUGGUGGGGGCGGCCGGUUUGUAGGCCGGUGCCGGCAGGGAGGCAGGCCGUAUAUCAGUCACAGCAUGGUAGGGGGCCUCGGAGUUGCGUAGCCAGCCAGGGGGAUGGAGCGCCUGGAGCUCCUAAAAGUUCCCCCGCCUGCUGGGCAGAGUGCAUCCGGGCAGUUUGGCGCACCUGUCCUUUCUCCUGAGUGGCAAGCUCUGUGGAAGCCUUGCCCCUUUAGCAGCUCUCUUGCUGUUAGGAAGUCUCUUAGACUGCCCGCCUUUCUUUUGUCCCACAGUGGCCGGAUGUGGAUCCCUGUGUUGUCCCACACGUGGCUGGAAUCUCAAGUCUCUCGAAGUCUUCCUCCUGUCUUCGCUUUGCAGCCCCACCGACCCUCCAGAGUGCACCAUGUACGGACCCAGGAGUCUGGGCUGCAACUUUGGGAUGACUUGGAGCCCAGUCCACCAGGAGGAAAAUGCUUCCCGUGUGGGGUCCUGACACCUGCAGAGGGGGCUUUGCCAUGAUUUCUUCUGGAUGUUUCUACAAGGAGAUUGUUUCUGUAGAGAAAUCCCAAUUCAGCAUCAUAUUCACAGUCAUAAAAUUCAUAUCAAGAAAUGGGACCAGCCAGUCUUCCCUACAACCUGAGGCAAAGAGAAAAAAGUCACACCCUAGGGAGAGAAAUCAGAAGGCAACAAGCUGUUCUGAAGCAUCAGGACGAUUCUUGCCGACAUGGUAACUCGCCUCAGCGAAGAGUUGAGAAAAGGAAAAACGGAGAAGAACACUUAUGACUUGUCCAAACUACCAACUUGUGGUUCCGUUAAGACACCGAAAAGAGAGGAGCCUGAGACGAUCCUUGCCGACAUGGUAACUCGCCUCAGCGAAGAGUUGAGAAAAGGAAAAACGGAGAAGAACACUUAUGACUUGUCCAAACUACCAACUUGUGGUUCCGUUAAGACACCGAAACGAGAGGAGCCUGAGACGAUCCUUGCCGACAUGGUAACUCGCCUCAGUGAAGAGUUGAGAAAAGGAAAAACAGAGAAAAACACUUAUGACUUGUCCAAACUACCAACUUGUGGUUCCGUUAAGACACCGAAAAGAGAGGAGGCUGAAACGAUCCUUGCCGACAUGGUAACUCGCCUCAGCGAAGAGUUGAGAAAAGGAAAAACGGAGAAGAACACUUAUGACUUGUCCAAACUACCAACUUGUGGUUCCGUUAAGACACCGAAAAGAGAGGAGCCUGAGACGAUUCUUGCCGACAUGGUAACUCGCCUCAGCGAAGAGUUGAGAAAAGGAAAAACGGAGAAAAACACUUAUGACUUGUCCAAACUACCAACUUGUGGUUCCGUUAAGACACCGAAAAGAGAGGAGCCUGAGACGAUCCUUGCCGACAUGGUAACUCGCCUCAGCGAAGAGUUGAGAAAAGGAAAAACGGAGAAGAACACUUAUGACUUGUCCAAACUACCAACUUGUGGUUCCGUUAAGACACCGAAAAGAGAGGAGGCUGAGACGAUCCUUGCCGACAUGGUAACUCGCCUCAGCGAAGAGUUGAGAAAAGGAAAAACGGAGAAGAACACUUAUGACUUGUCCAAACUACCAACUUGUGGUUCCGUUAAGACACCGAAAAGAGAGGAGGCUGAGACGAUUCUUGCCGACAUGGUAACUCGCCUCAGCGAAGAGUUGAGAAAAGGAAAAACGGAGAAAAACACUUAUGACUUGUCCAAACUACCAACUUGUGGUUCCGUUAAGACACCGAAAAGAGAGGAGCCUGAGACGAUCCUUGCCGACAUGGUAACUCGCCUCAGCGAAGAGUUGAGAAAAGGAAAAACGGAGAAGAACACUUAUGACUUGUCCAAACUACCAACUUGUGGUUCCGUUAAGACACCGAAAAGAGAGGAGGCUGAGACGAUCCUUGCCGACAUGGUAACUCGCCUCAGCGAAGAGUUGAGAAAAGGAAAAACGGAGAAGAACACUUAUGACUUGUCCAAACUACCAACUUGUGGUUCCGUUAAGACACCGAAAAGAGAGGAGGCUGAGACGAUCCUUGCCGACAUGGUAACUCGCCUCAGUGAAGAGUUGAGAAAAGGAAAAACAGAGAAAAACACUUAUGACUUGUCCAAACUACCAACUUGUGGUUCCGUUAAGACACCGAAAAGAGAGGAGGCUGAGUACGUGACUUUUUGCCGUACGAACCUUAAUGAAAUGGAAACUCAUCUAAGCAAAGAGCAGAGAAAAGGAACAAUGGAGGAAAAUGAUUUAGGUCGCUUGUCAAAACAACCCAGUUGUAUCUCUGUUAAGGAACCGAAACAAAAGGAGUCUCUGUACCUGACUAAUUGCCGUUUUGUCUUUGUUGAAAUGGUAAAUCGCCUCUGUGAAGAGUUGAUAAAAGGAAAAAUGGAGGCAAACACUUGUGACUUGAAAGAACUACCACCUUUUACUUAUUCUAAGGAACUGAUAGAGAACCCGGACCUCUACCAGGACAUGACUUUUUCCCGGAUGAUCCUCACUGAUAUGCAUACCCCCCUCAGCGAAGCAUUGAGAAAAAAGAAAACAGAGGAAAACACCUGUGACUGGGCCAAACUACCAACUUUUAGUUCCGUUAAGACAACGAAACGAGAACACUCUAAGGACCUGACUCUUUGCGGUAAGAACCUUAAUGAAAUAGAAACUCAUCUCAGCAAAGAGCAGAGAAAAAGAAAAAGGGAGGAAAACACUUCUGGUAACUCGUCAGAACCAAGUUUUACUUGUGUUAAGAAAGCAAAACGAGAUGACUGUAAGGACCUGUGCAGUAUGAUCCUUACCGAAAUAGAAAAUCAUGAGGAUGCAUGGCCUUUUCGUCUUCCUGUAAACUUGAACUUUGUUCCUGGUUAUACCAAAGUUAUUAAGAAGCCUAUGGAUUUUUCCACAAUUAGAGAGAAAUUAAUUAGUGGACAGUAUCCAAACCUGGAAGCCUUUGCUGUCGAUGUCAGGCUUGUUUUUGACAACUGUGAAGCAUUUAAUCAAGACGAUUCUGAUACAGGCAGAGCUGGCCACAGUAUGAGGAAGUAUUUUGAGAAAAAGUGGACAGAUACUCUCAAAGUGAGCCGAAGCUACAAUAAUCUCUUUUCUCCUUUUCAAUAAGGACGAAUAAGACCAGCAAUGUCAACUGUAUUUUACAUAAAUGUGCAAGGCACACGCAUAAUGACUUUCUUUCUUAGUAAAAGUAUCACACACGAAAACAAUAUCAGAAGAAUGAAACCAUUUUUAAAGGCUUCACUCCUGCAACAACCAAGGCCCUUGGUUAUUGGUUUGUGUGAUUUAUCAGCUAAUUUAGGUAGAACAGGGAAGCACACCCAAAGAAUUUUCAAAGGUAAGGGUGUUACAGAGUAACAGCAAUUAAAAUAUAUCAAAUCGCACUGAAUAUUCAACACCAGAGCUCUAAUGUGGGAGGUGGUUCUCCUUUCCCUCUCAAUAAAUAUCUACUUUUCCUUUU